AUGAAGAAGCAUAUCUUGCUAGCCAUCCCACAGACGAUCGUCCUCAUUACAUGGGCUGAAGCCGCUCUCCAAGCACCCUUCGACCUUCAGCGCGAAGAUCACUAUGUGGGAAAUUCGGGCCAUCCUGCAGAUCUUCCUCAUGUUGAUUACACUGCUUUGGAUCGCGAUGACGAUGGGACAAGUCCGCCUCCUGAGGGCAUGGUGCUGUAUCCUCUACACGUCUCGGGCCCUUCGGAAGAUCGUGUCAACCUCAUGUUCUUUUCUGACGGAUGUGAGUACUUUGGCAUAAAUUCUGACAAGCCAGAGAAGCAUGGUAAUGCCAAGUGGAAGGACUUUCUCUCUGAACCGGGGUCCCCAAGGAUUGAGGAUGCCAAGGUGCCACUCCAAGAAUACCCAUGGUAUGACCUCGACAUCUCACCAUGGAGUGUCUCCUUCAGCUCGUCAAACUCUGAUCCUGCCCUGAUCGACUACCCAACAGCCCUACUCCGAGCGUCUGUUUCCUCCAUCCCAGACCCUUUCCAUAUAGCCUUCGUCAUCAACGACCAGACACUCGAUCUCACAGAGACAUUCCCACCAGAGUGGCAAGGAUCGCUGGAUCGACGGUGGCUUGAGGUAGACCUUGUCCAUGGGCGAGAGCUUGUCAGUGGCAUCAACAGCGUCAACAUAUCAUUGACCGAGAAUGGCAAGAAAGCUCAGGCUGGGAAAGGCGGCAAGAUGAUCACGAGUCUAGAGAUUAUAGAGUAUGGUGGAGAGGGGCGGUUCAAUCACUCCGAGGGCGUCAUUGGACUGUUCCCAACUUAUGCUAUGGAUGGACGGGUACGGCUGCGUCCCACCAAUGAAGGUUGCCUCAUGAGAAACGUCAAUCACCCCAGCUUCUGCCCAGUAUGUGCACAUUAUUUAGAAAAGAGACUUCAAGAUAUCAUCCUCAAGAGACACUCGUGA